AUGCCUAGGAAGCCCAAGCGGAAGGCUCCGGCCUCACCGGCGAGGCACGACACUUCGCCGGAGCCCUACCCUUGUCACUCCUCCCCCUCCUCGGCACAAUGCCUGGCAGUCCGCGACGCCCUCCUCGCGUUCCACGGGUUCCCCGAGGAGUUUGCGCCCUUCCGCCGCCUCCGCCUCGGUGGCCGCUCGCCUAACUGUGACCCUCUGCCUCAGCCUUUGUCUCCCACAGUGCUUGACGGCCUCGUCAUCACCCUCCUCUCUCAGAACACUACCGAUGCCAUCUCGCGCCGCGCCUUCGCUUCCCUCAAGGCCACUUUCCCCUCCUGGGACCAGGUGGUGGAUGAGGAGGGGAAGAGGCUGGAGGACGCCAUCCGGUGCGGCGGCCUGGCGGCGACGAAGGCGGCCAGGAUACGGGCCAUGCUGAGGGACGUGAGGGAGCGGAGGGGCAAUAUUUGCCUCGAGUACCUGCGGGAGCUGUCGGUGGAUGAGGUGAAGAAGGAGCUCUCGCGGUUCAAAGGGAUUGGACCAAAGACCGUGGCAUGUGUGCUGAUGUUCUAUCUACAGAAGGAUGAUUUUCCAGUGGAUACUCAUGUACUCCGCAUUACAAAGGCUAUGGGUUGGGUUCCUGCAACAGCUAGCAGGGAGAAGGCCUACAUUCAUCUAAAUAAUAAGAUUCCUGAUGAUCUGAAGUUUGAUUUGAAUUGUCUUUUUGUAACUCAUGGGAAGCUUUGUCAGUCAUGUACCAAAAAGGUGGGAAGUGAUAAAAGCAAGAGUUCCAAUGCUGCCUGUCCUCUAGCAGGUUACUGUUGUAUUGGAGAAAAGCUUCAGAAACAGUGA